ACGGCUCCUCCCCAAACUGUCCAAAGAGAUGUUGAGUUUCGUACUGUCGACGGAGUCACGUUACGAGGAUUGUUCUAUGCACCUAUUGGAGCUGUAAAGAUCCCGUGCAUUAUCAUGACCCAUGGGUUUUCUGGUCUCAAGGAGCAAUUCCUCCCCGACUUUGCUGUGCGUUUCCGUGACGCGGGAUAUGCAGUGCUCAUAUAUGACCACCGCAGCUGGGGUUCAAGCGAUGGUUUUCCGCGCAACGAAACCGAUCCUACAAGGCAAGCACUAGACUACGCUGAUGCCUUUGAUUAUGUGGCUUCACUACCGGAAGUGGAACCGACCAAGAUCGUGUUUUGGGGUAGCAGCAUGGGCGGUGGCAUUGGUAUCCUUGCUGCAGCUUUCGACAAACGUAUCGCCGCGGUUGUGGUGCAGGUUCCGUUUGUGUCUGGCGAGUCCAUUGGCCCUUUUCUACAGACUUAUUUUCCUGCCAUGUACGCCGACCGGAAAAGUAUCAAGUCUGGUCACCCUCCCGCAAUGACCAAGGUCAUUGCGGAGACACCUGAGUUUGCUGAGAGAGGCGACUCGGGAGCCUUAAUGGGAAAGCCUGAUGUGGCCCCUUACUUGAAAGAACUAGCUCGACGUGAGCAGCCAUGGGAGAAGGAAGUGACUUUGCAAUCCGUUUUCAACAUUUCUAUCUUCGAGCCGCAGGCAUUCAUCCAUCGAAUUUCCCCCACGCCGCUUCUAAUGGUAGUUGCAGAAAAGGACGCCACCGUGUCCACUUCCUCGCAGCUUGAAGCUUUUGCCUCUGCCUGCGAACCAAAGACAUUGGCCGUCAUAAAAAUUCGGAGCAUUUUGAUUUGUACUUCGGCAACGAAUUUGAAGAGAACAUGUCGGCACAGCUGGAUUUCCUUAAAACUGUUUUCUCAGAUCUUCCCAGAAGCUGCUAGAUGUUGGCAGACUGAGUGCUUUGUCUAA